AUGACGUUAACAACGACUUGCGUAUGGAUCGUAGUGCUACAAAGAAGAUGUAGAUAUAAUUUUAUAUACUACAACGGACACCACAAUUCAAUUUUAGAACUACCUCAACGAGUUAAUCCUAUUGGACAGCCAUUAGCAAGGGUGAACUGA